UGCUCUCAGACGUCCCGCAACCGGCGAGCCGAGCAGACGCGCUCCAAGUAUUAUGUUCUCGCUGCUGAAGCAACCCCUGAUCUGCCGCUGCUGCCUGCUGGAGCAGCCGCCGCUCUACCGCAACAUCCACGACGACCACCUCCACGCAGAGCUGAGGGCGCUGGCGCCCACUCUGCGGCUGGAUGCCGGCGACGGCCUCACCGACAUCAUCUGUGAUCUGUGCCUGCGACGGCUGCACGAUGCCCGCAACUUCCAGCGGGAGUGCGAGCACUCGGAGCAGGUGCUGCGCACCCGCCACGAGCAGUGGCAGCAUACGGUGGCCGCCGGCGAUGCCCUGGCCCUGGACGAUGUCCUCGAGUGUCUGGAGCGGGAGGUGGGCAGCCUCGAGGAGAACAUGCCGCCAGUGCUGCAGGGAAAACCGGUGGCCUAUGUGGCGCCCCUGAUGGAAUCGGUGGAUUUUGAUACCCUGGAGUUCCAGGAGAGCCUUGCGAGUCCGUAUGAGGCGCCCAUUCUGUGGGAUGCCGAUGCCGGGCCGCUGAACACGCCCCACCAUCAACCAGAGACGAACACAGCCGCUCUCCUGCAACUAGAGACGCCAACAACCGAACACCUUGAGACUCUCUCAGCACCAGAGAUGCCCCCGGAGAAGCCCAAGCCCAAGGCCAAGGCCACGGCCAUGCCCAAGCGGAAGCGAUCGAAAUCCUCUACUGCUGUUGCUGUCCGCUCCCCUGGCUCCCCACGAUCCCUCCAUCCGUGCACCGAGUGCGAGAAGAAGUUCACGCGAAAUUUCCAGCUCAAGCUGCACAUGAUCGCUGUGCACCGAAUGGGGGAGCUGCUGUACCAGUGCGAGGAGUGCCACAAGAGCUUCGCGAGUCGCCACAGCCUGCGGUACCACGUCAAGUCGCUGCACUCCACGGAGCGUCCCUUCAGCUGUGAUCACUGCGAGAGGAAGUUCGUGCUGCGCACCCAACUGAGCUCCCACGUGCGCACCCACACGGGCGAAUCGAAGCCGAGGAUUUUCGCCUGCUCCAAGUGCACCAAGACGUGGCCAACGAAAUCGGAUCUGAGGACCCAUAUGCGCUCGCACGAUCCCCAUAUGGAGCGGCCCUUCAAGUGCGAUCGCUGCGACAAGGCGUUCUUCACGCGCGGCCACCUCACCUCGCACAUCCUGGUGCACACGGGGGAGAAGCCCUACGGCUGCGACUACUGCGACAAGUGCUACCAGAGUGUGGGCAAUCUCAACAAUCAUAUGGUGCGGCAGCAUGCGGACAUCAUUGAGGCCCAGCUGGAGAUGGAGGCCAUUGAGAGUUGAGUCGCGGCGCGGCGUGGCGUGGCGUGGUGGGGCGCGGAGAAGGGUCCGUUUAUCCAGUUUCCGGGUCCCGCGGGCCUGGAUCAAGUAUUACGCGGCUUAGACAUUGCACAAUCUGAGAUUUGGCAAACAUUGUUGCCUCCGUUCCCCGAUCCCCGUCGCUUAUCGCCACCGUUUCAAUGUCGCAAGAGCAGCAAACAUUAUUUUUUUUUUGUGUCGGUUUCGCGUGUGUGGAUCGCGGGUGAUUGCCAAACGACACACAUGCGGAUUGGAACUGGGGCUGGGGCUGGGGCUGCUUGGGGUUCGAGGUGAAAGCGGCCAGAAAUCGUAUAAAAUCCAAAAACCAAAUUCAAUCGAAAUAGAAAUCGUGCAAAAAGGUGAAGAAUCCAAAACAAAACAAAACUAAA